AUGCUUUCUACUCGGAAAAUUAAGCAGUACAUGCGGGGACAGGAAAGUCUAAUCGGCUCUCAUUUCGUGAGCCCUCAGCAAAGGCCAUAUCUCUGUUGCAUCUUUGUCACUAGGUGCCCUUGGUAUAAAUUUCAUUCCGGAACUUUUCACAUGGUUCCAUUCCUCUUAUCACUAUCGUCUUACACCAAGGAUCAAGCACAAAGGAUUUUGCUUUCUAUAGCUCCUUAUGAAGCUGACUCUAAGCGCUUUGCGAACUUUGUGGAUCUUCUUCUCACGGUGAAUUGGCCUAUAUUCGAAGAAGCGAUCAUCAAUGGUGUCGUCGCUCCCGAUGACGAAUGGGGCCAUUGGAGACACGCACAACCGAUAUUGAAGCGCUCUUUGUCUACACUUUAUAUGCGACUACAACCAUUGUCAGGGGUAGCUUCUGAUGUUAAGGGAGAAUCACUAUUUGGUGAAAGGUUCAAUUUUCAAACGUCACUCAACCUCGAGUUACCUUAUUACUCGCGCUUCCUUUUGAUAGCUUCGUACCUGGCGUCUUACAAUCCUCGUUCUGCUGACAAAAAAUUCUUCGAAAAGGUAUAA